CUCUAAUCAGGUGAAAUAUGUUUCAUUUCCUGCGCUUGCUUUGCUGUAAAAGCUUUGGUGGAUGUGAAAGUUCAUAUAGAUUCGCCCAAAUACACAUAUGCAAAUAUAGUGUAUGUACACACACAUGCAGCUGGAAAUGCAUUAAAUCCAUAAACAUGUCAGGUUCAGGGUCUUUAAGAUGUGCACGCGAGGAUUUGUAAUGCAGUAAGCGCAUCACUUACUCCCCCGUCUCAGCAGUGUCGGCUUGCAUUUGUCAGAAAUGAGAGUGUGUAUUACUUAAACUACUAAGAACUGAUUCCACCAUGUUGUUUCAAGUGUACUAUAUUAUUUAAGCUCUAUGUGUUAUAAAAAGAGAUGCUUUUUUAAUCACUUAAACGAGGUCAGAAGUUCAUAGUAAUUAUAAUAUUAUGCACUUAGAAGCAAUUUAGAAAAGGAUUGUUUUACUUUUUAUUAAACGGUUACCCAACUUCAGCUCAUGCUUCACCGUCACCACAGUCUGCCCUGUGUGUUUAGUCACUUGUGUCACCGAGAGCCAUCUGGAAAAGCAGCCUAUUAACUUUAAAGACUGUAUUUAUUCCCAUGACGCUUAUCUGACUGGGUGGUCAGACGGGUCUCACAUUAGCGCCAGCCGCUCUCCAGACAAACACUUUUAGUAGUUUGUCUGGAGUCCGUCUCCAUGUUCCAGCACUUUCAUCACUAAAGCUUGGAGUCUUUUAUAGAAGAUCAAAGAUGUUAAGUACGGCAUCAGUCCAGGAGUGUGUCCUGAGUAGUGUGUCUUGUAAAGUUGCCAGUUCCAGUAUGGAUCUUUAUUGUCAUCCAGGCAGCCGCCCAGGGCCUUUAUUCAUUAGAGUAUCCUGCUUAGGGCUUUAUUUGAAUGCCAGGUCUCUUGUCUCUUCCUAAUAGUGUGUGCCAGUGUGGCGAUGGUACUGAGUGCACUCACAAAUGGUCACACAACAAUCAUUUUUUGCAGUUUCUUGUUCCUGAUUACAACUGUAAGGUACUUUUACUUUUGUAUUUCUGUCAUUCUUCACUGCAUUCACCGACAGCUUAAUAAAUUAUUAACACUUCAAUACUGUAAACAUAAAAUACAUGAUAACAUAUAAAAUCUGCUUUUGAGACUCAAGCGAGCAGAUAUACUGACAGAUUCGGUCAUAUUUUUAAACCUUUUAUAUGUGCGUCACUCCUACAGAGCAUAAAGCAGCUGGUCCUUUAGUUCUAUAGACAUUUCCUGGGUGCUGUAAAUGUGCAGACUCAGGAAAAAGCACGUAGGCACACCAAACCCCUGCAGUGGCCAAGGCCACGUAUAUCACCACAAGUUUCAUCAGAAUGAGAAUGGGGAUCUAAGAGGCUGUGCUAUGAGAGAGAGAGACAGGGAAGGAGAGGGAGAGACCAAUGUAAGCAGUGAGUGCUGGAUCAUAAUGAAGACAGGUGCUGCUUCGGCACAUUAAGUGGCACUGAUGUCACCAGCCGGGCGAGGCUUGGUAUGUGCGCCACAUUAGAUAGGAAGGUCAAUGCGAAGGAGUCAAACAGGGCUUCCAGGGAAAACUGGCUUAAGAGGGAAGGACAGACAGGGAAGGGGGAAGUGGAGGAUAAAAGAGUUGAAGAGCACUGCAAGGAGAAGGAGAAAGACUAGGUGAGGGAUUACAUAAGGAAACGUUAUUGCAGGCAUAUUCUGAUUAACACGAGAAAAUCAACCGGUGAAGCAGGCGGAGACAGAAAAGAACAAACGAUUAAUAAAGCACGGGAGAAUGUGAAGCUGUGCGUGUGGGGGGGUGACUGUGCAGAGCGGUCUCUGCUGAGCACUUCCAUUUUUCUCAUGUGCUGACACUUUCCAAAACACCUGCCCCCAUCGAAGCCCUCUUACAGCCAGUGGGAGAGUGGCAGCUAAAUUGCCUUCAGCAACAAUAUCCAGGCCUCUCCAUUGUAAUUUACACACAUCAGAAAUAGCUACUCAGAAAUGCUUAGACACAAUUGUCCAAGAGUAGCUAGGCUUGCCAUUUUAAUGUGACUCAUUUGCAUAAGUGCAGUAACUGGACAGAGCAAUAUUAUUAUGUUACAUGCUGUAUGCCAUGAUCACAAGGUCGUGGCCAGUUUUUACAUAAUCCGGCUAGUAUGACCAAAGAAAGGAAGGGAAAUGGUAAUUUAGACUUAUUACUCUGGACAUAAUGAUUAUAUCCCUGUAAUGGAGUUUUGAGCCGUCGAUCCACAGAAAUGUGAUCUUAUGAAUCCUAAGAAAAUUGUGCCGCAGUUUGCACAGACAACGAUCUUAUCUGUGUGCUUGUGUGUCCUCUGGCCUUCCUGUUAAAAGCUACAGAGAGGUUAAAGCUGACGGAGGGAGCAGAGCAGCAGUGAGACUGUCUUCGGUCUUUGUCGCUUUCUAACGGCUUCAUUAAAGGAGGCUUCUGAAAAGUAGAACUCAAAGGUCAUGAAGUCUAAAAGCUGGAUUUCAAAGGGUCUAGAUCAUACUUGUCUGCUGUGAAGGGCUUUAUUUAAGCAGUCUUCAAAGGAAAUACUGUUACAGGAAAAAAAAAAAAACCAAAUAUGCAUAUCAGUACAUGUGGGUGUAUGCCUACGUGUGUGCGCCAAUGUGUGUGCAUGGCUGGCUUGCUUUAACAAACAGUUUAAGAAGAAAAUUCAGUAAAACACAAGCUUAUAUUAGACCAUUUACCAAUAAAAAUCCUGUUUUGUUCUUCUUUCUACAUCCCACGGAAUCCAGUCAGAGGCAGGCUGUAUUUGUCUAACCUGUUGUCAUAUUUAAAUGACUGAACUGUUAUCACAAAACAACAUAAAUUUAGUUGUAAAGCUGUGAUGUUUAGUUGUUGCUAGUUCAGUUCAGACUGAACCCUAGUACCAGAAAUCCAGGUUAGCCAAAUAAAGCUAAUCUCAUUGAGUAUAGUUUCUUGGUCUGAAUAAUGAAGUUCUUAUCAAUGACCAGCAGGGGGCGACUCCUCUGAUUGCAUCCAUAGAGAAUAGGAAUGAGGGGCAUAGCUUCAAUGUUGAUGUAUAAGCUGCCACCAUGUAAGAAGUUAUCUUAAAUAGAUUCAAGUUGUCAGGUGAGGCCAGCAAGUUUGGUUAGCAGUUGCAGUCAUAAACUGAAUGGGCGCAACACACAACACAUAUGUUGGUUACUGAGUGCCAAGCAACGGACUGAGUUACUAAACAACUAAACAAAUCUGAAGCACAGACUUCUGGGUGGUCUUUACCACUCAACAAGCCAUAAUAUCAUAGAUAAUCCAUUAAGAGGUUAAAAAAGGGAUCCAACAGGAACGUUUGUGUUGGUGUUAAGUUUCCCCUCCGCCACCCUUCCCUCUAGUCACAUCUGCUUUCAGAAUCCCAGAUGAAAAUCUGUGACCAAAGACUUUAUAGCAGGGCUUUUGUUGGUUACAGUACAGCCAUCUGUUUUACUGAGUAAUGUAAUCGCUAAGACCUUUCUCAAAACAUUUUUAAGAUGGGUUUAAAGAGAAAAGUGUUCAAGGAGUGUAAAUUAAAACCCAUUGCGUUAGCUGUGGCACUACAAAGAUUUAGAUUUCUGCUCUUGCCAAAUAAUCAGACCGUUUAUUAGUUUAAUGCAAAGUAUAAGAGCCACAGACAGCUUUUUAAUGAGUUUCCAGUUCACACUUCAAAACUUUAUUUUGCUACGACACUAACGAAUAUUGUGUUUUGAUUGAUAAGGAAAUAUGAAUUCAUUUUAAAAUGUGUCAAAAACAUAACAUGUAGAUUGAUGAAUGGAUUGAUUCUUGUGUAGCACCUUUCUGCUGUACUUGAGCAGUCAAAGAGCUUUAUACAAACUGCCUGAGUCACCGACACACGUGCUUUUUUCCCUACACCUUAGUGCUUUCUCGCUAACAUCCACACAUUCAUACUCAAUGUAUCAGAGAGCAGGUUUUGGUUCAGUAUCUUGCCCAAGGAUACUUAGGUGUGCAGACUGAAGACUAGAGAUUGAACCACCAACCUUCUGAUUAGUAGAUGACCUGGCUAGAUGACUCCUGAGCUACAAACAAACCCAUAUUGAAAGAAACUUAGUUUGCAGGUUGUCUGUCAUCACCUUGAUAAACACUCAGGUGUGCUGUGCCAUCUACUCAAACCUGCAAUGACCGAAUUAAAUGCAUGUUUUAAAAUUUUCAUUCCAGAAUUUAAACGCUCUGUGCUCUUAAUCAGAUUAUAUAUUGUCUGACUCCUUCUGAGAUGUUUCUCUGUUUGUUUUGCAGUCUUAAAAUCCACACCUACACCUCAUUAGGAUUUGGAUUUACACCUUAGCCUAGCACUGUGCCAAGGUGAUACUAAAUGUGUGUUUGUGUUUUGUUUAAUUUCUAAAUUGUACCUUGGAUCAUGAAAUGAAAUGAACAGCCAGCUGGCCACCUUCAGUUUGUCCUUCAAAACGUAGAAGAAAACAACAUAAUGAAGAAAUAACCCUCUUCUGUUCAUCAGCUUUCAUAUUAAUUUUUCAACAAUUAGAAACCAUAUUCUUUUAAGCUCCUGAAAUCAAAGCUGAUAGUCAUCACUUCAUCCUAUAUCUGCAACACGAGCUUGGUUUGGUCCCUCUACUUAAAAUAACAACAGUUGUGUUGUUCAAGAUAAUGUGGGCCAAACUCUAGGUUUAGACACAAUAGGUCAAUAAAAGUACUAAGUAGCCGUUAGAACUUCAUGCAAAGUUUCAAGUUACAAUUUUCCAUUUGAAUCUCUGUCCCCAUUUUGUGUGAUUUGCCUGUGGUAAAAAAGAGUAAAAAGGUGAGGUGUGUGGAGAAAAUUAUAGGAAAGAAACAAUAUUGUCUUGAGGUCACACAUUAUAAACACUUAUGUUUCUUUGUUACAACCCCUGGGUUACAAAUGCAUCCAAACAUUUGGGCAUUUAUGGGGAAAUUGCAUAGUUUGUAGAUUUUUUAAAGUGAAACCCCUGCACCAAAUGGAUUUAAAGGGAACAUUUAGUCACGUCUGCUCAAUCACUGUAAUGCACUAUGAGGCAGGUCAAGAACUGUUGUUAAGAAUCAUUGAUGGCGACUGCUGAGUUGAUAGUCCCUCAUACUUACGGUAACAACCAUGCACUCCUCCUCCUGACCCUACUGAUUUGUACACAUACCAGAUGGGCUAAAAUGUUUCGGCAGCUGAGUCCCCAGUUCCACUUCUUGUGGCCGGACAAAUAGAAAAAUGCAAGAAAUAGUGCCAAAAAAGCCAGUGAUACACAAAAGCAUAUGUGCAGCAGAAGACACACAUUGAUUAGCUUGAUUUUGUUGUGGAUAGUGCUGCAGUGCUGAAAUUUUAAGCAGCAGAGAACAGCGCUGCAGCAGUUUCCUGCUGUACAUGAGAUCAUUUACCCUCUGCAGUGUUUUACAGUGGCUCAGACUGCCGUGACAACUUUAUUUCUGAGACAUCUCCCUCUAUUACUUUUUGUAUCACAUUCUGCUUAGAACCGUCUUCUCUUUACUUGGUCUUCUUCACAGUUCACUACUACUUUUAACUCCAUUAGUUCACACUUUGUGACUUAUGGACUGAUUUAAUCCUGAUUUAUUUGAAGGUUGUUGAGAAAGACCACGGAGAGAAGGAAAAGGGAAAGUGAGAAUUUAUGAGGACAUGGAGUCCAUUAACACACGCACUGUGUGUUGUAACAAAGGCCAAUUUGGUGGACUUUGUCCGCACCAUGUUGCUGACAUUAGAGAUCUAUACUUAUAUACUGUGUACGCACACAUACUAUAUGUACACACAUACAUGAUUUGAAGUUUUUUGCUUGCUUUUCUUUGAGUUAUUGUGCCAACCUAAUUCACUGCACAUAGACAAAGAGACUGGUUGCUCUAAUUAUUUUUAAUUUAAAGGACUGUGCUUCGAGGUCAUCACCUCCAGGCAUCCAGGACAUGCAGAAAAGCUUCUUUCGCAUUCAUAAUUUCACAUAAAAUACAGGGAAAUCACUUUAUCAUCAGGCAGUGGAGCAAUGUGUAUCACAGAUAGCUAAUUUUCCCCAUGUUCCUCAGUCCCCGAAGAGUGAUUUGAUGCUGUCUUAAUGUAGUGUAAAUAGCCAGUGAAUGCCAAGUACAUUCUUUUAAUUAGGAAACCCAACAGAGCUGUUGAUUAGCACUUUGUCUUCAUAAGUGUCUGAGUUUGAGCUACAGUUGGAUCUCUUACUAGUAACCUUAUAGUCUUCUAGCAUGUCCCAACAAAUCUUAAGCAAGAACAGUAUAAUAAAAAUGAUGUAUCCAACUUGCUUGCCUUUGUUUUAUAUGGUAAAACCCAAUCUAAUUGCCAGUUCAUUUCACAUUUCAAGAACAGCAGAGCAAUAAUUUCUUUGGUACUGCACUGAGGUCCCCCCCCCCACCCCUUCCACACACACAUGUAUUUCUUUAAAAUUAUUGUAGAAAUUUUUACAGCCAACAUCUGUACACGAUAAAUGACUUUUCUCCAGAGCUGGAAGCUGAGUCAUGUCUCAUCCGUAGAUUCAUUACACACUGUGCAGAGGUACAUGACUUCCUUUAUAGCUACUUUAACUCCAUCUUUCCUCUUCACUGGCAUUAAAAGGUAUUGGUUACCAUCCUGUGGAAUGGGAUUACGGCUGUACAGGAAAAAUAAGUUACAGCAAAAAAUCAGUGGCUCGAUUCCAAUUGUGUGGGACAAUAUAACUCAGGAGACUUCUUCCCACGCAUUGCUGAACAUCCUUGUGUGUUAUCAUGAAGUAAAAUCACAUUAGCACAUGUUCACAGUACAAAGUCUUGUAUUUGAUGUGGCCUCACAAAAAAAUAGUGCCUCUAUGUGCCCAUGUUGUCAGUAUUUAUGCUUAUUUAAUUCAGUUGAGUUCAUUUUACUUUGUGCUUUAUAUGUGGAUAACAUAGGCUUCUGCCAUAGAUGUCAAUUGACCUUGAAAUAUUUCCAAUAGAAGUCGGGGGGUGGCAAGAUGGUGCGGUAUUUAGGAGCCCUGCUCCACACCAGGAAAGUCUGGGGUUCAGAUUCAGUCAGUGGGUCCUUUCUGUGUGGAGUUUGGAUAGUUUCCCCAUAAUUGUGAGGCUUCUCUCUGGGUUCUCCUGUCUUUCAGUCCAAAAGCAUGUAUAGCUUAGGUUAAAUGGUGAUUCUAAAUCAGCCGUAGGUUUCAAUGUGAGUGCGAAUGGUUGUCUGUCCCUCUGCGUUAGCCCUGCUGUAGGCUGGAGAUCUGUCCAGAGUGUACUCAGAGUGACAGCUGGGAUAGGCUCCAGCCCUGAAUUGAAUAAACAGAAGAAAAUAGACUGGUGCAAUAGACAUCUCAGACACUUUUGUGAUAUUUGCUCUUUGUAGUAAAAUGUACACAUGGGCUUUUACAAACACGUCUGUAAAGUAAGUCUUGUGAUUUGCUAUUGUUGAGUCCAGAACAUACUUUAUGGAUGUCAUAAAAUAAAGAGCAAUUCAGUAGUUAUUGUUCUAUAUUUGAUCACAUUUCACGCUGCAUUGUUUUGCCAUGUUUGAUUUCUAACUUGAGCAUAAAGUAGACUUUUAAAUUAUGGUUUAAGAAGGUUUUUGACAACACACCACCAGGAGGCCAGUAAGGUUUUUAAAAUGCAUAUAAAUAAAUAAUUCACGAGAUUAACAGUGAGAAGAGAAAUUUUAAAUCCUUAAAAUUUGACUUUGAAUCACCUGAUAUAAUAUGAAUUUUGUGCAAAGAGUGGCAUACAGAAACUGCUGAUUUAUUCCUAAUUACUAUGUGGAAUGAAGGGGAAAUAACUUCAACAUCCUCGUUGUUAUUCUCUGAUUAGUCUCUGUUCUACUGUUUUGUCGUUUUUAUGACUAAUUCCCUAUGUGUGCUUUAAUUGUAGGAAUUACUUUUAUAGUCAUCGUCAUCAUUCUGCUCAUUUGAAAAGGUUUUAUCUUUUCCUUGCGGAAAGAUGAAUAAAUCUUAAUUAAUGCAUGGGCUUAUCAACUUUCUUUAAAAUCUCAGCUCCUUCUGUCUAACUACUAGGCCAUCAGCAUUUCUUCACUCACCGUCCUGCCUCAAAUAUCGUGUCACUGCAAGGGUGGUUGGACAAAAAGAAAAGAUUACAAAUGGCACGCAUCUGUGUCUGCUUUAAGUCACAGUGACUUUGUACACAUUCCUUGUCAACCAGAAUAUUAACAAGAGGCAUAUAAAAUGAAUGCAGAAGGCUUUAAAAGACUGCCUUAACAAUUCAGUGUAAACACAUCCAGUUUAUUACAUUUUAAAGUGGACCUAUGUUUUAAUCCAGAAAUGACGACAAUAUCCUGUGAACAUCCCACAAAUUUGGUCAUAAAUCCAAACAUUAUUGUGUUGCCUAAGCUUCUACUUUACUCUGCAGAGCGCACUUAGUUUGCACUGUUCAAGUUGCUCGACAACCACAGGAAAGAAAACUCACGUGAUAUUUUUCUUGUGCAAAAGUUUCCCACAGCAGCAGUGGUUUUAAUGGUGCUAAAGAUCUUUUUUUAUGAUGCUAUAAGUGUUAUUUUAAAAGCAUUAGCUUACUCAAGCCUCGGGCGAGUCAACAGGCCUGGUUUUGUCCAGCUUGCUGGUAUUGGAUUGCACACAAAUUAACACCCACCUGCCUGUAAGACUACACCUUGGCUUGGCUCUUUCCCUCAUUGGUGCAACUCUGUGUUAGAAUAAUGUGGGAAAAUCGUAGUCAUGGCCCCUUUGAGCUCCUCCUUCAUACCUAGUUAACUAUUUGAGCCAAGUGGGAGGGGCCUAAUGCACUGUAUCAUUGAAUUCAUGGGAGUAGCCUUGAACAGGUACACUUACAGGGGAAAGACAGAGGAAUAACUCCUGGAUUUAUUUCCUGGUGUCAACUGAGCCUGACUUUAGGGGAUGAAAAUUGAAGAAUGACAGGGUUUGAGUUUGGGAAGCUGAAGAAACAGUAAUUUUAGGAUUUGGUCUGUCCUGAAAGUCUCAGGACGCACGUCAGAUCCUGGAGUCCUCUGGUGAACUCCCCUCGGGGGAGGGGAUGAAAUCAGACAGGGAGCAAGGAAAGUCUGUUCUGCUGCGUGAAGAGGUGGCCCAGCUCCAGGAAGAGGUGCACCUGCUGCGGCAGAUGAAGGACAUGUUGAAUAAGGACCUGGAGGAGACCCAGGGAGGUUGCUCGGCUGACGUGCUCUCUGCCACUGAACUCCGUGUGCAGCUGGCGCAGAAGGAACAGGAGCUGGAUCGAGCCAAGGAGGCUCUGCAAGCCAUGAAGUCGGACCGUAAGCGUCUGAAAGCAGAGAAGGCAGACCUGGUGAAUCAGAUGCAGCAGCUUUAUGCCACAUUGGAGAGCCGAGAGGAGCAGCUCCGUGACUUCAUACGCAACUAUGAGCAGCACAGAAAAGAGAGCGAGGAUGCAGUAAAGGCGCUGGCCAAAGAGAAAGACCUCCUGGAGAGAGAAAAGUGGGACCUGCGGCGGCAGACCAAGGAAGCCACGGAGCACACGGGGAUGCUGCGGUCCCAGCUUGAUCUCAAGGAGAACCGCAUCAAGGAGCUGGAGGCUGAACUUGCCAUGAUGAGUAACUGUGUCAAUCAGAGAAUGGAGUUCCGGGUGUUUGAGCGCCUUGUGGACAGGGACUACUCUCCUAGGGUCAUGGCGGCGAAACAGUCGCUAGCCACCCUGACCAAGGAUGUGCCCAAGCGCCACUCGCUGGCCAUGCCCACGGAGGCGGUUGUCAAUGGAAACAACCAGGAGUGGGUGAUGCAGGCCGAUCUCCCUCUGACUGCUGCCAUCCGACAGAGUCAGCAGACCCUCUAUGUCCACACGGGGCAUCCCGCUGACAGGCAAGUGGCUGCCGUGCGGGUGAGCCCGUGCCACUCGCGCCAGCCCUCCAUCAUCUCCGACGCCUCUGCGCUGGAGGGAGACCGGUCGUCCACACCCAGCGACAUCAACUCGCCGCGCCAUCGGACUCACUCCCUCUGCAAUUCCCUAGAAGAUCUGGAGGAGGCGAAGCGUAAGAAGAAGAAAGAAAAGAUGGGGCUGGGGUCUCUGUCGCGCGUCUUCGCCCGAGGAAAGCAACGCAAGUCCCUCGACCCCGGUUUGUUUGAUGACUCGGAUAGCCUCUCCAGCCCUACUCGCCUCAGCCUGUCAGACGGGUCAGAGGACCAGCUCGACCGUCUGCAGCAGGUGGAGCUGGCCAGGACAACGCCCAUGUCUCUGUGGAGGGCAGGCACCGUGCAGGCCUGGCUGGAGGUUGUCAUGGCGAUGCCCAUGUACAUCCGCACCUGCUCAGAAAACGUCAAAAGCGGCAAGGUUUUACUGGGGUUAACGGAUGAAGACCUGGAGCUGGGUCUAGGUGUCAGCAAUUUGAUGCAUCGUCGGAAACUCCGCCUGGCCAUUGAAGAUUACAGAGAUGUUGAGAACGGCAGAGGGCUGUCCAAGGCUGCGGAUAUGGACCACCACUGGGUGGCAAAAGCCUGGUUAAGCGAUGUGGGUUUGCCUCAGUACUCCCAGGCAUUUCACAAUCACUUGAUAGAUGGGCGGGUCCUGAACUCUUUGACACGUCGGGACCUCGAACGUCACUUAAACAUCACCAAGAAGUUCCAUCAGGUCAGCUUGCUGCUAGGCAUCGAACUGCUGCAGUUGCUUCAUUUUGACAAGGAGGUAUUACAGGCUCGCCGGAUACAGUGCGAGCACCACAAUGUGGAUCCUCUGGUAUGGACCAUGCAUCGGGUCAUGAAAUGGAUCAGAGAUAUUGACCUCAAGGAGUUUGCUGAGAGUCUCCUAAACAGUGGUGUUCAUGGGGCUGUCAUGGUGCUAGACCCCACUUUCAACACUGACACGAUGGCAACGGUGCUAGGAAUCUCCAGCAGCAAACACAUGGUUCGCCGACACCUUGUGGAAGAGAUGAAAACACUAAUUGGCCAAGCCAGCGUGGAUGCCAAACAGGAAUACGAGCAUUUAGGUCUGGGGACACCACCUGUCCUCCUUCGUCAGAACUCUUUGGGUAGACCUCCCACCUCUACUGCCCGGCACACCGAUGAAGAAGGCUCAUUGAGAAGGAGGGCUGUGAAGCCUCCAGCAGGAUUUAGUCCCAAAGCUCGCAAUGGGCGGGACUUGAGUUGCCAUAGCAGCUAUGGCUCCCUGCCUAGAGAGGUUCGAGAUCACACUCCGCCCAGGGCAGAAGGAAGUCCCAUCCGUGGUUACACCAGCAUCGAGGUCACCAAUGUGUGAUGUUAUCAGAGUUCUACCAAUACCAGUCAUUCACUUCAUGACAAUGUACAACAUGGACAUUUGUCAUCCAUGUGCACGCAAACAUGGGAUGGUGAUUUUUUUUUUUUUUUUAUCUUAAAAUGAGCCUUUACAGGGCAGCUUGCACUUUGUAACAAGGAAAAUGUUGUUUUUUUGUUGUUGUUUUUUAACAAGUUUCCUGUUUUUUGGGGAAGUUUUAGCAUCUUUGAGGACAGUAAGCGCCCCUCCCCCAACGCCAGAAUUAAGAUGACUAUGAACGACUCGAGCUAUAUAUUUUUCUAUUCUUGUGUGUACACCAGGAGGUAACUAACUGAAAUGUUUGGGGUUUUUUUUUCUUUUUCUUUUUUUUUUUGACUAGUGAGGGAAAUGACUGUUUGUAUUAUACAGAGCACUUGAUGACAAAAUGUAAAAAAACAAAGUUUCAUAUUUCGUAACCGUGUAAGUGGCUCUUGUCUCAUUCAGUUCUGCCAUUUGUGAUGCCUUGUCAAUGUGACUUAGCAUUAAAAAAAAAACCAACUUAAAAAGACUUGAACUGAAUUUAAAAAUUUUAGAAUCUAUGUUUGAUAGUCAUUUUUCAUCUCGCACAUUUACACUGUUCUGUCAAAGCAUAUGUAGCACCUCUUCUGAUGUUUUAUACUGUGCAGUAAACAUAAAAUAUCUGAGCAAUGCCAACAACAACAAAGAAAAAGAUCGCUGAGCUGUGAUGUGUGAGCGUGUAUUUUUUUGUGAAAAGGAAAGUGCUCACUGAAAUGAAAUAAAGAUGGUGUCUAAAAUAUA